CACAAACAAAACCCAACAGCAUCUACACUUUCUCAUUCGAUCAAUCCAUUCACUAAACGAUAUCGCAUUAUCCGUAUAUUAUAUAUCCAAAUUAUCACAUCGAUAUAUACAUUGCAGAAUGGUGAGAUCGAAGCCUAAGAUCCAAACCCAGAUCAUAAAAAAAGCAAUGCCCUCGUCGUGUAAGAGUGUGAACGAGAAGAAGAAGUACAGAGGAGUGAGGAUGAGAAGCUGGGGAUCAUGGGUGUCUGAAAUUAGGGCACCGAAUCAGAAGACAAGAAUCUGGCUAGGUUCUUACUCAACUGCCGAAGCAGCUGCUAGGGCUUAUGAUGCUGCACUCUUGUGCCUCAAAGGCCCUAAAGCUAAUCUUAAUUUCCCAGACGUUUCAUCUUCUGACCUUCUCAUCGAUGAAAAUACCGUUUUGUCCCCCAAAUCCAUUCAAAGGGUCGCCGCUCAAGCCGCCAACUGUGUCUCCUUUGACCAUUUUGCCCUUCAUCGUCAUCGACCAUCACCAUCGUUAUCUUCAACAUCAUCGGCCUCCUCCCCUUCCGAUCACGACAGUGAUCAUCAUCGUGUCGAUGACGACGACGAUGUCAUGCUACCGUUGAUGGGAUCUUUGAAGGGUUUCGAUGAACCAGUGUCAUUGAUGGAUGCAUCAUGGCGUGAUUUUGUCAGUGAUGAUUAUGAUCAUCAUCAUCGUAAUGGGACGUUCUUCUUUGAUGAAGUUUCGUUUGAUUAUUUUCCCCAUCCGAUGUCGAUGAUGACGACGGUGACGACGAUCGACGACGUGUACGAAGAUGCUGAGAUUCCUCUUUGGAGUUUCAGCUGAUCCGACGGUCCAAAAUUAAUAACCAUAUUCUUUAAUUAAUUGCUGAUUAUUUAUCUUUGUCCUAAUUACGGUCGUAAUAUUUUUUAUGCUCAAGUUGCCUGUUGCUUGAAGAGAAUUAUGUAUUACUAACGAUCGAAAGCCGUCCGCAUAUGAAAUAUGUGUAUAUAUAUAUACACAUAUAUAUAUUAAAUUCGGAUACGUUUUGGUUUAGAUAGGACAAAGCAAGAUCACAUGAACAGGAGGCUUUUUUUCUCUCCACUUGUUGACUCUUUCAUGUGUAUUUUUUAUUUAUUGUAAUGUCGUUUAUUGUACGAUAAUAUGCGAAAUUUGUUAUUUAAU